CAAAUUCCUUCCAUCACUGUGUGACUCAUGACUUUUAUGUGAAGAAGUGGUUUUACUUUUUCUGCUGUUGUUUUCUUCACUUGGACAGGUGGUGGCUUACUUUUUUCUUUUCUGGUGGAUUAUAUUGAUUAUGAAGAGCCACAUCAGCAUACAUCUGUUACAUUAUAUUAAAUAAUUACGCUACAGCCAUGGCUCGUCUGGAACAGGUCAUUACAAACAUUGUGGAUAUAUUUCUGGAGUAUGCUGAUGAUGAUGGCAAGAAACACCAGUUAAACACAGAAGAGUUGAAGAAGGUGUUGGAGAAAGAAAUACAAAGUCCUGAGUUAAAAGAUAAGAUCAAUGCAGAUGACAUCGGGGAAGCCAUGGAGCUGCUGGAUAAAAACCAUGAUGGUGAGGUCAACUUCAGAGAGUUUUGUCGGUGUGUGUCUGUCCUGGCCAAAUGCUACUACAACAAGAAGACAGGCAAGGGUGUCAAGAGAGGCAAGGGCAAAGAACAAGAAGCUGAAGAAGAAGACUGAAAAAGAUGAACUGCAAACGCUAUAAAUGUUUGUAGCACCAAAAUAUAUAAUGACAUUUAUAACAUACCCACAGUCAUCCUUGAAAACAGAUGCUGCUGGUUUUAGGCAAUUUGCACAUCCAUCAUGAAACACAAGCCUGUGAGUUGUGUUUGAAAUGUGCAUCCAAAAGUUAUAUUCACUGUGUGAUCUGGUUUUCUUUACAUUCUAUACUUCCUGAAAAUGAAUAAAACACUAGAAGAAGUUUA